GUUGCGCGAACGUGACGUUCGCUCCCUGUUCGUCUGCUGGACGGUAAUGGCGGCGUGCCGGGGAUCAUCGUCUAAAUGGUUUUUCACACGGGAGCAGCUAGAAACCACCCCGUCCCGCCGCAGCGGAAUGGAGCCAGACAGAGAACUGUCGUAUCGACAGCAAGCCGCAAAUCUCAUUCAGGAUAUGGGCCAGAGACUAAAUGUUUCUCAACUCACAAUAAAUACUGCCAUUGUUUACAUGCACAGAUUUUAUAUGUACCACUCAUUCACCAAAUUCCACAGAAAUACCAUCUCCCCAACAACAUUAUUUUUGGCUGCAAAAGUUGAAGAACAACCACGGAAACUUGAACAUGUAAUUAAAGUAACGCAUGCAUGUUUAAACCCCCAGGAGUCUCCACUGGAUACAAAAAGUAAUGCAUACCUCCAGCAAGCCCAAGAGCUGGUGAUACUUGAAACCAUAGUGCUGCAGACUUUAGGCUUUGAAAUAACAAUUGAACAUCCACACACAGAUGUGGUGAAAUGUUCCCAGCUAGUGCGAGCAAGCAAGGAUCUGGCACAGACUUCCUAUUUCAUGGCUACCAACAGGUUGUUAUCCAGAACCUCAUUUGUUGCACUGUGACUGCACACUAUAGCUUCCUUUACUGCAGGUUACCCUACCAGUGUCCAACACCCUCCUUGCACCGGUGGCUACUGGGACGCCCCCCUUUCAAACAUGCCCUCAGAGUGGGGUGGGUAGGGGGUUCAGCGGCUCCGGCCCCGGUUGCAGUGCGGUGUAUUGUACGGGGGAUCAUUGUUGGCACAGAGGGGUUGAAUGCACAAUGUGAAGUGUAGUGGUGCUCUUGAACCUCACGUUUGCUCGGUUACAGAAGUGCAUUUGUCUAAAAAAGACACUUUGGUAGCCUGAAUAGCAGCUAAAGAUUACACAGAUGUAAACAUUACAUAGAAGUCCUUACGGUAAGUACACAGACCCCUUUUUUUUCCCCUAUGAUUUUUAUUCUCAAAGUGAUAAAUGGAUUUUUUUAUUUUUGGUCUUGUUUUUUCUUUUCUUUUAUUCAAACUAUUUAGAAGUUGCAUUUUCUGUCAUUCAGUGUCUGACUUUAAUUUUGAAAUGAAGAGAUCUGUUGUCCUUGGGUUGUGAUGUAUCAAUGUUUUAAUGCAAACAAACCCAUUAAGGACCUGUUUGGCUAUGACAGUUUGAAAUAAUUGAUUCAUUGGCUAUGUAUUUUUGCACACAAUAAACUGUGAAAGAUUUAUGGGAUCAGAUAGGCUACAAAAGAUUAUGAUGUCAGGUGAAAAGGUCCUUAAAGGGUGUAGUCUCCAUUGUACAGUUAUUUACUUCAUUAGAGAAAUUUUCUUUUCUCUGUUUUUGUUCCCCCCUCAUUUUUUAGUUAUUUCCUGUAUUUUUAAUUUUAAAUCAGUUAAGCUGUCAUUGGUAUUUGUCCCCUUGUUUGCAUAGAGAUACUGCAGCACUGCUUGCAAUGUAUGAACAUGGGAGUAGAGCAAUAUGUGCUUAACCCUUUAAACUCUGGUGCAUUUUUGGGCUGCCGCCCGCAAUUUUUCACACUCAAAUUUAAAAGCACACCAUUCACACAUACUGUGUACUAAUUGCAAAAAAUUGGUCUAAUUUUUCAGAGAACCGCCCAAAUAAAAAAAGACUCCAAUUAUUCA